AGACACAGAGAACUUAAACAACAUAUACGAUAGAGGUCGUUCUCAGUAUUCCAAACAUAGUGGUUGACACAAUGUCAGUUUCAUUCCGAUUUUUCUCUUUCUACUUUUUAACUAUAACGCAGCAUUAGUUGAUGAAAACAUCGUCGUAAUAUAAAUACACCUUAGAAUGUUAUUCCGCGAUCAAAUCUUGAAUAGAGAAGAAGUGGAUAUCCUAUAUAAUAUUUUGCUUUUUAAAAAUUCUUUAUUGCUCUUUAAAAAUUAUUCUUUUUUUGAAAAAAGCAUCUAUUUCUCAUCCUUUUUUUCUUACUUAUUUUAUCUUAUUUUGUCUUAUCUUAUAUUACAUUUUAUUAUUACACUUAUUUUAUCUUAUCUUUAUCUUAUUUUAUCUUAUAUAUAUAAUUAUACAUUUAUAAGUAUAAAGCAUAAUAAAUUGUAAGACAUAAUUAGUGAUGAAAUAGUGAUGAAAUAUCUGCUAAAAGUGUCACAAAUAUCUUGGCGAAACAUCAUUCUUCUUAAACAUCAGGUGCUCUGAUAACUAACAGCUACGAGAAUGGAUUUAAUCUUUUUGAUACUAAGCGUCUUGUUCGUUCUUUUAAUAAUCUUUGCAAUUAUAUCGACAAUAUAUCAUCAAUAUGUUCUUCGACGAAACCUAAAAAACAUUCCUCAAGUUGGUAGAUUUCCUUUUGGCGUGGCAUUUGAGAUAUUGAAACUGGCAGAUUAUGAACGUGUACAAUGGUUUGAGCAACAUAUGCUUCAUUUUAAAGAUGGAAUUUUCGUUUUAUGGAUUGGCCUAAAACCAAUAAUUAUGCUCUAUAAACCUGAAUUUUUUAAGAUUAUUUUGUCCAGCACUGUAAAUAUCGACAAAGACAUUCCUUAUAGUAUGAUGAAAUCUUGGUUAGGCAAAGGACUUCUAACUUCUUCAGGAAAACAAUGGAAUCAUGAUAGAAAACUCAUCGAACCAACGUUUCACUUUAAUAUGCUAAAUAAAUUUGCCGUGGUUAUAUCCGAAAAAGCAGAGAUCUUAACAAAAUGUCUCGAGAAGAAAAUUGCAAGGAACCCAGGAAAAGCUAUCAAUAUUUUUCCGUUUGCUAACAAUGUUGCUCUCGAUGUUAUAUGUGAAACAGCAAUGGAUGUAAAUAUACAUGCUCAAGAAAUUGAAACCGAAUAUACCGCAACAAUACAUAGAAGUUCUAAAUUAAUAGUGGAGCGAUUUUUUCAACCGUGGCUUUGGUCAGAUUGGUUGUAUGAUUUAAUGCCUUCAGGAAGAAAAUACAAUUUAGGAAUUAAUACAAUACAUACAUUUUCGAAAGAGGUGAUUCGUAAGAGAAAGAUUGCACGACAAUCGGAAAAUGGUUCUGUCAAAUCGGAAAACGAGGAUGACGAAUUUGAUAUAGGUAAGCGAAAGAGGAAAGUUUUUGUCGAUAUGUUACUAGAUCAAAAUGAGAAGGACGAAACUCCAUUAACCGAUGAUGAAUUAAGGGAACAAAUCGAUACAUUCAUGUUUGCAGGUCACGACACAACUGCGGUUGCGAUAACUUGGACGCUCUUUCUUUUGGGCAAUAAUCUGGAGCAUCAAGAAAAAGUUCAUGAAGAACUCGAGGAUGUUUUCAAAGAUUCAAAGACACCAGCUAGCGUAAAGGAAUUGUUGCAAUUAAAAUAUCUCGACAGGGUCAUAAAAGAAACGCUCAGAAUAUUCCCAAGUGUACCCUUGAUCUCAAGACAAUUAAAGGAAAAUGUAAAGAUAGGUGAUUAUAUGCUUCCGAAAGAUACCAUAGUCGUAUUGGGAAUCUCAUUAAUGCAUAGAAAUCCGGAAGUUUGGUCAGACCCAAAAAAGUUUGAUCCAGAUCGCUUUCUUCCGGAUAAUUUGAAAUAUAGGAAUCCAUAUGCUUAUGUUCCAUUCAGUGCUGGACCAAGAAAUUGUAUCGGCCAAAGAUUUGCUUUACUCGAAGAAAAAGCCAUAUUAACAGCUAUUUUGAGAAAGUGGAGAGUGAAAAGUGUAAAAACAAUGGAUACAGUUCAAUAUGGGUUUACUGUCAUUUACCUACCGUGUGAAGAAAUAUUCAUCCAUUUCACGCCAAAAGAAUAAUCAAUUUAUUAUUUUAUCAAUUUAUAUUUUGCCAGGGUUGGCAAAAAAACUUGUUUUUUUUAUCAUUUUAAACAAAAAACAUUGGUUAUUUUUGUUUAAAAUUCUCUAUACAAUUUUAUGUAUAUUUUGAAAUAUAGGUAGAUGAUGGUUUCGAUGGUUGUCCGUCAUACGGACAAAUGUUAUUAACUUUUUAAUAUUUUAACUUAAGUUUUAACUGUUUAAUUAGUUACCUUGAUAUAUGUAUAAUAUCUAAAUAUAAAACCAGAUAGGCAGAUUAAA